UAUAAAUAUAAAAUUAUUGUACCCUUAUUGCUAUUUCCCAAAAAUAAAACCCUCAUCAGGUCCAGCCCUUCCGUCAUCUAGGGUUUAGAUUGCCAAUUCCCCAAUCAAAACACCACCCCAAUCCUGAUUCAAAUUACACCAAUAUUUCUGUAAUUCGGCGGUAAAAUCAUCAUGGGGAAGAACGACUUCCUAACCCCAAAGGCAAUUGCCAAUCGGAUCAAGGCCAAAGGACUUCAGAAGCUUCGAUGGUACUGCCAGAUGUGCCAGAAGCAAUGUCGAGACGAAAACGGCUUCAAAUGCCACUGCAUGAGCGAAAGCCACCAGCGACAGAUGCAGAUCUUCGGCGAAAACUCUAAUCGCAUAGUCGAUGGCUACUCCGAGGAGUUCGAGCAAAGUUUUCUCGAUUUUAUGAAACGAAGCCACCGGUUCAGCCGUAUCGCCGCCACCGUGGUCUACAACGAGUACAUCAACGACCGCCACCAUGUUCAUAUGAAUUCGACUGAGUGGGCCACGAUAACCGAGUUCGUGAAGCACUUGGGGAGGACGGAUCAAUCAGAAUUCGGAUCAACCCCUCAUUGUCCAUCUCUGAAAAUAAUUGAACAGAGAAAAUCCAAUGAUGCAGAAGUCGAGUCACUGCGAGAGGAAUACCAUCAAAGGGUUGCAACACUUGAAAGGAAGGUGUAUGCUCUUACAAAGGAAAGGGACACGCUUCGGCGGGAGCAGAAUAAGAAAAGUGAUGCAGCUGCUCUUCUGAAGGAAAAGGAUGAAAUAAUUAAUCAAGUUAUGGCUGAAGGUGAAGAGCUUUCAAAAAAGCAGGCUGCUCAAGAAGGACAGAUUAGGAAAUUAAGGGCUCAGAUCAGAGAGUUUGAAGAAGAGAAGAAAGGGUUGAUUACUAAACUUCAGGAUGGGAAAACAUUGGACAAUGAGUUGGAGGUUGUUGAGGGAAUGAAGCUAGAUAGGGGCUACAUAUCCCCUUAUUUCAUCACCAACCAGAACAAUCAGAAAUGUGAAUUGGAAAAUCCUCUAAUCAUAAUCCAUGAGAAGAAAAUCUCAAGUAUUAAUGAUGUGGUUAAAGUAUUGGAGUUGGUUUUGCAGGUUAGCAUUUCUCUGGUUAGGUUCACUAGUUUCUUCGUUUUUACUAUGAAUUGGUUGACAAACUUUUGCUCCUUUUCAGAAGCAAAGUUAUGAUUUCAGAUCUGUAGAUAACCUGUUGUUGCUGAUAUUGCUACACGAGAGGAGAAUAGAACAGCUUGGAAAAUGUGCAAGAAGGGAGAGCUAACUCAUACAACGAAGAACAAAUUGAUGAAGUUAAGAUCAAAAUUAGUAGAAUUUGUGAGCUCUCCAUUAUUUAUAAUUAUAGGUAGGAAGUAUGUAUGUAAUAGAGCAAAUAUUGGUUGACUAUGUAAUAACAAUUGAA